CUUUACCUCUAACACCUGACCUUUGCUUUAGGUUGAUCUGCACCGUUUCCCGACAAUCACUGCCUGCCUAAGUAGAAAGAGCAUCGCUCAGCCGCUUGUGUCGACCUACUGCCAAUAAGCUCAACUGACUUUGCCUCGCCUUAUUACUUCAAGCUGUUUCCGUGCGCUCCCUGGGCUGCUUUUCACACACAAUAGCAUUAUGCAGAUUCUCAACAACCCCCUCAUACCAGAGAAGAUGGAGUCACUCGACCGCUCUCCCUCGCCUGAGUUUUCGCCCUUGGCCAUCGGCGAAGACUUCACACCGCUCCCCACCUACAAGGCCGCAACUACGUCAGCCUAUGACAUGUCCGGCCUCCUGUCAACUCCCCUUCAACUCCAUGAAGAUCUCGCCUCGGGAUGCGGCGGUCAAACCUGGCCUGCAGGCAUGGUGCUUACAAAACACAUGCUGCGCUACCACCGAGAGAACCUCAAGGGCGCGAGAAUACUUGAGCUGGGCGCCGGCGGCGGACUCGUCGGACUGGCUGUGGCUUUAGGUUGUGGAUUGCAGGAAACGCUGUACCUCACAGACCAAGACGAGAUGUUCGAGCUGAUGGAACGGAACACCAAGUUGAAUGGCCUCGAAGACAAAGUUAAGCCCAUGAUCCUGAACUGGGGCGGUCCGCUAUCACAAGAGGUUGUCGAUUUCAAGCCCAAUGUCAUUCUGGCAGCCGAUUGCGUCUACUUCGAGCCGGCAUUCCCACUUUUGCUGGAGACUCUGACAAACCUGUUAGCGUUGGAACCAGACGCGAUUAUCUACUUCUGCUUCAAGAAGAGGAGACGUGCGGACAUGCAAUUUCUCAAGAAGGCACAAAAGGCGUUCCUGGUGACGGAAAUUGUCGACGAAGAUCGCCCUGUCUUCAGCAGAGAGGGCCUGUUCCUCUACACUUUUGCAAGCAAGAAGCCGACUUCAAACGGGAACCGAAAGUGA